CAAACAAACCGUAGAGGCUGUCACCAGCCCAUCCGCCUUCCGCAACCGGAACCACGACACUGUCACCAGCCCAUCCGCGCCGCGACGCCUCACAUUUCCGGCCCUCGCAUGUCCUCUUUCUUUCUCCCUCUCUCGGUGCUACCCAACUCUUUUUCCCUUUGCUCUUCCGUGAUCUCGUGCCUUUCUGCUCGGUUCCUGAUUCGCCGCUGCGAGAGAUGCCCUUUGAGGUCCCGAUCGCCCGAUUUGGUUCUCCCGCGGUCCCCGGAAUAAUUUGUCCGAAGAGACAGCCUCGAUCCGAUGCUCCUUUUGUGAUGCUUUUAUAGGUAUUCCACAUGUACUGCUACCAUGUGUCUUCCUUGUUGAUAUGCAGAAGCUGUUCCCUUUAUCAUAACUCAAUUGCCUUUCAUGCUGUUUAUGAAAUUCUUAAGUUCCCUUUCACUCAGAGGAUGCUAAAGCUAUUAGUUGUUGGCAAUUGUUGCUUUAUGAUUUUUGUCAAUGGAAAUAUGUAAUCUAAGCAGUUUUCCCUUUGGUCUCUGUAUCAAGCUGCAGGACAUCACAUUUUCUUUGCAUUUUUUGACAGUUAUCAUGGCUGGAUAGACCUAAUUUGAUUAGAUCAUCAUAAAAUGUUUUAGGGUUGCUAUGAGUAAGAUAUCUUUGCUGCAGAGAAAAUUUAUGUACACAAACUCUGAGGGCCAUCUUAGAUCCAAUUAUAGCAGAUAGCAUGUUUGGAAUCUUUCUUUCAGGUGAUGCCCCCGACUGAGUCUUGCCACAGAUGCAUUCGGUGUAUCGACCAUUUUCCUUGUCUUAUUGCUAUUCUUGGUCUCCUGUGCAUUUCUUAUUUAUUAUACUUCAGUUGUGUAUCAGGAGAAGACAUUAUCCACAGCUGAGCUACUUUAAUGGGCCUUGGAUUAGCCGUAUCAUCCUGAUUCUAGUCUGCAUUUGGUGGGGCUUUGGGGAGAUAUUUAGGCUGAGUUUCCUGAAACCAAUUAUUCUCCUUAUCUCCUGGUUUAUCUGACAAUUAUAUAAUCAUGAAGCACUAGUCUAAUGAAGAUAGCCUUGUGAAAGAAGGCAAUAGCAACAAGUUAUGAUGAUCCAGUUCAGAGCAGCUUCAUCAGAGCUUAAGUCGGCUUCCAAAACUGAUGACCAAGGUGUGGAUGUUGGAUCUUUUUUCCUCCGAGGAUAGAUACGAGGAAGUCACAUUCUGGUGGUAAAGGUGUGUACUGAGGUCUGAGGUAUGAGUUUUGCUGGAAGCAUCUAGUACGCAUGUCAUAUGAUCUUGAAUGAUAGAGCAAAUUAUAAGCACCAUCUACACUUACUCUGCUCGACACCGUCCAGUAAUCAUGUUUAAAAAGCCAGUUGAGGCAAAACUAUCACAACGCUUGUCGGGAGCUGACAAGAAGAAGCUGAGAAGAACAGCAAGGGACAGGUUUCCACUUGCUUCAGAUGCUAAUAUUGAUGAAAUCCUUCCCCCUAAGGCUGAGAUAACAGUGGCCAAGUAUUCAAACAAGGUUCAUGUAUAUGUUAUCGAAGGCGGGCUCCCAAUGCUUUUUGACAUUGAUGGACGAGGCACUGAGAUAUAUCCUACAGUUUAUGCAUUGUGGAAAGUUCCUGAACUCUUACCAUCCUUUCUGCUCAAGGGUGGUGAGGUCUCUCGUUAUGUGAUUGGAGGUGCUGAUUUGAUGUUCCCUGGCAUUAGUAUACCUCCUGAAGGCUUGCCUUCAUUCUUAGCUGGGCAGCCAUGGGCAGUAAAAGUUCCUGGAAAUCCAGCACCAAUCGCGGUUGGAGCCACCACCAUGAGUAGUUCAGAAGCCCAAAGAGCUGGUUUACGUGGGAAAGCUUUAAGGAUAACACAUUAUUAUCGUGAUUUUCUAUGGCAAUCAGCCGAAGGUCAUUAUGUUCCAAAUGCCGGUUUUUUGGUAGAUGUUGUCAUGGAGGAUCCUAAUCUAUUACUGAUUUCUCAGCCAUCUGAUGUACAUCCAGAUGCUUCAAAUGAUGAAGAUGAUAUUAAUGUGGUAGAAAGUGGACCUAUUGCAACAAAUAUCCAGGGUAGCACAGAUGUUGAUGCUUCAAAAAACUUAGAUGUUGGUGUUCAAACCUCUGAAGAAAUGACUGCUGAUAUAAGUGGGCUAAAGUUUUCAGACAAUGUAACAGCUGAAGUACAAAGUGAUGAGAAGGAACAACAAACUUUGUCUGGUGAAGAAAUUGAAGCCCUCCUGGACAAAUGCCUUUUGCAAGCACUGCAUACAACUGUCAAAGAUAAAGACCUUCCCAUGCCUGGAAGCACUCUAUGGUCAAACCAUAUACUACCAUGCAGACCUGCAGGCAUUAUUUUGGACAUUAAAAAAUCUUCUUAUAAGAAACUUUCCAAGUGGUUGCAGUCCAAAUCUUCUGCUGGACUGAUAUCAGCAAAGGAAGACAGAUAUAAAAAAGAGGUCAUGUUACUAGGCGUUAACCGUGGUCACUCAGACUACAUGUCAUUUAAGCCAGGGAAGCGGGUUCAAGAGAGUGCCGAACAAAGGCAUGAUAACACAGGUGAGGGUUCACAGAUGAAACUCCAACUACAGGUGGUCGAAGUCUACAAACCAAGCACUCAUGUAAAUUCCAUAUUCACAACUCUUGGAGCUGACACUGGAAGUUUUUAUAGUGCAUCAGAUGCCUCGGACAUUGUCUUCAGGUAUGUUGAGAAGGAAAAUUUGGUUAAGCCAACAAAUAAGGCAAUGGUAGUUCUGGAUGCUACAUUGUGUGAUGCUCUCUACAAAGGGUCUGUUAAAAAGGGCUCAGCUUACCCAACAGAAAUCCACAAGAAGGAUCUAGGAUCAACUUUUUUAAGCAGGAUGCAAGUUCAUCAUAGAGUAUCAAAAGGGAAUGAAGUUGCUGUCCGCAAAGGUGCUGCUAGACCCAUUCAGAUCAUGACAGAACGACGACAAGGAAACAAGAAGGUUACGAGGGUCUCAGGUCUGGAAACUUUCCUACUGGAUGCUGAUUCACUGGCUACAGAACUGCAAAAGAAGUUUGCAUGCAGUACAUCAGUGGCAGAACUUCCAGGUAAGAAAGGACAACAUGAAGUGCUGGUUCAAGGAGGUGUGAUCGAUGACCUGGCAAAGCACCUUGUGGACCACUAUGGUGUUCCAAAGAGAUACAUUGAGGUGUUAGACAAAACUAAGAAGUGAAACAAGGUAAUUAGAGGACCGAGCAAUAUAUAAUUGACAGAACCAGGACGUCACUACUUCUUCUCUCCUGGAUUGUAGGAGCUGCUUGCAAUGGGCUAUACUGGAGGAUAGCACGUUGAUAUUUGCCAAGUUACAAUAAAUUGAUGAAGAUGCUCUCGGUGAGUUGAUUAGUAAGUUUCCACUCAUUCAAUAUCGAGACUAUUUGUUGUUACAACAAGAGUGAAAAUUGGUUACAUAUCUCAUGGCUGUUGAAUUUUGCCACAACUAAAAGGAUGUCUAUAUUUCUUCUUCCUUUCUUUAGUGACUAUAUAGACAACUGGUUUGGUAGACUAAUCACGUUUUUCCCAUGUAGUUACUCAAACUUAUUGUGGGUAUAGAUUUGAUAGGGGUAAUCGUCUCCAGGGACUUAAUAAUCAGCCUAUUAUUAUUUCGGUAA